AUGGCCGCUCGAGUCGUGGCCGGGUCUCAGCUAAAAGAGGAAGCUGUUGCAGCAGCGGAAGCCGCAGCGGCUGCUGACGCCGCGGCUGCUGCUGCGGCAGAAGAGGCGACGGGAUGCCCUGCGGGAGAGAACAAGGCGGUAGAGUUGACCGUUGAGCAAAUUGAUUCGAUCUGCGAGGAAGCAGCAGCGGCUGUAGCUGCUACAGCUGCCGCAGCAGCCGGCGCGCUGGCGAGCGAGAAGUGGGAGGCGGAGGCCAGCAGUGAGGAGACGAACAAACGGAAAAGAAGACGGAGAGUUCACAAGAAGACAGCGGAGGGAAACUUUCCGUCUGCGUCGAAUCAGCCGGAGGAUGGUGGGAGGUCCGAUGGAGGAAGGGAGGAGGGAAGCGAGACGACGGAGAGCAACGUUUCUGAGGAAGAGAGAGGGGGGACGGGAUUGGAUGCGAGAAUUGGAGACGCAGCGGAUGCGGCGGCGGGAAACACAGAAGAGGUGGAGCUAGAUUCGCAACAAGAGGAUGGCGACGGCGCGGGUCUGUCGCUGUUCGACACGGAGAAGAACGACUCUAUGAUGGACAUCGAUGGCGGCUCGGCGGCGGCGAAUGCGGCGAAGAGCGCCGGUCGGAAGGGAGGCCAGGAAGGGAUGCAGGAAAGAGUCGAGGCGGCUUCCAGGUUGGCGGCUGUGGAUGAGUCGGGAAUCGCCGUUGAGGUUGACGGUGAUGACGCCGUCAAUCACGGCGGAAAACUCGUGCACUCUCGGCGGCAAGUUGCAGCCGCGGAGGUCGCGCCGGAGGAUGCGGAGAGCAAGCAUGGCGCGAAAGGCCGCACCGGGAAGUGCGCCGCCGCGCACGGCGGGAAGGCGACGGGGAAGGAAGCGCGAGCGACGGCGGCGCUGUCGCAGGUGCUGGUUCGUACGAGCAUGGAGUCGUGUCGCACGGUGGUUCUGCGAGUCAGGCCGAGCGACACCGUGGACGACGUGCUUUGGCAGAUCCAGCGAAAAACGGGCCUUCCAGCGCACGAGCAUCGCCUCAUCUACGCUGGAAAGCAGCUUGACACCUCCGCUCGCCUGCAGGACGUGCCUGUGCCGCACGAUGCCACGCUGCAGCUGAUCGGACGGCUGAGAUCGACGCUCUUCCCCGACGUGUGGCUGCUGGUGGCGGAAAUGGAGGCGGGGCUGGCGCAGCUGCAGCGCCUGGAGGCCGUGGGCGCGGGCGUGGGGGAACCUCCGCCGAGCGCGGGGAAAGGCGACGGAGGCGGAAGAGGGGGCGUGAAGGAAAAUGGGAGGGAGGGCGGAAGGGCGGACGGGGGAGAAGUCCCCAUGCACGAGCAACGCGCGGAAGUGGCGGAAGGUGGGAGGGGAGGCGGCGAAGGAGGCGGAGAUGCGUGCAAUUGUGCGGUGGAGAGGGGAGGGAGGGGGAGAGGCGGGGGGAGAGGGCGGGGAAGAGGGAGAGGGAGGGGGAGCCGAGCAGCAGCAGAGGGUGCUAGUGGGGGUGCUGUGGAGGUUCAAGCAGGGGACAGAAUCGAUGCCAUGGAGCAAGAACCGGCUCAGACGCAGCAGCAACAGCAGCAGCGGCAACAACAACAAACACAGGAGGAGGAGCAGCAGCAGCAGCAGGAUGAGCAGGAAGCGCCAGGAAGCGGGGGUGGGGGUGGAGGCGCAGUGGUGCAGGAGGCGGGUGGGAAGGGGCGGCGGGAGCGGCUGAGCAAGUACUACGAGGACAAGAUCCACUGCGCCAUGGCGCAGCUCUUCGUGCGCGCCGUUGACACCAUCCGUUCCGGCCACGACGGCUGGACCAUCAAACUCGCCGAAUACAUCGAGGCCUUCAGGCUGGCAGGAGGUGUGCGGGCGGCCGUGCAGCUGCUGCAGCUGAAGGAGCCCCACCACAUGCACUUUGCUGACCAGACCGUCGCUAGUUUCCUAGACGAACGAGCCCUGAUCACGUACAUGCACGACUACGCGUGCCCGGGCAAAUUCGCGCGCCCGCUGCUGGACUACCUGGGCCCCGUGCUCAUGGAGCUGCACGUGUUGCUCGACUCCUGCCGCCUGCGACCAGUGCUCACCACCAGGUGUUGGGACGCACUAGUCAAGCUGUUCGGCAAGGUGCAGCUGGGUCGCUUCUGCCCCCAGCUCAACCGCUCCCCGGACUGGCUCGUGCGCAACCUCGCGCCCUUCCUGGAAAAGGCAGCCACAGACCUCUGCAUAAGCCUGCACCAGCUCACCCUGCUCGCAGCAGCCAAGUCCGACACGCUCACCUCCCCCCUCACCUCCUCAGCCUCCUCCGCUUUCAAAACGUUCGCGUCAGCCAUUGUCCUCUCGCUCCCCUUCUGCCGCCCGGCGGUUCGCCAGUCCGCGUUCUGCCGCCCGGGAUGGCUGCUGACUGUGUUUGGCUCGGUGCUGAGACACGUGGACGCGUGCCUGGCUGAGUCAGCGCGGUUCGCCAGGCGGCUGCUGCUGCUGACGGAGGGGCCUGCUGUGCUGGCGAGCACUGCUGCUGCUGCCGCAGCUGCAGUUGCCACUGGUACUGCAAGUUUGUCCAGUUUCGCUGGUGCUGGUGCUGGUUUAGCCCCCUUCCCGCCCCCCGCCUCCUCUCCCUUCGCCCCGCCCUCCCACCCCGCCUCCCCACUCCCGCCCCUCUCUCCCCCGGACCUAGUCGGCCGAAUGGCCCUCUCUCUCCUCCCAGAACCCCUCAGGGAAUGCAUCCCUGCCGUCCUGCAAGGACUAUACCUCCUAGCAGCAGUAGCAGCAGGGGCGGGGAGGGGCGGCAGUGCAGAGCAGCUAGUGGGACUGCUGGUGAGGCACAGGGGGUGUGUGAACGCGGUGAUUCAGAACCAGCACUUGGCGCCGGGAGGGGACCUGGCGUGGGUGUGCGAGCACAGGGAGCUGAUUGACAUGGAUGUGAAGAGGCGGUGGAUGGGUGCUCUGCUGCCGGAGCCCGCUGAAGACCAUGCCAACCGAUGCACCGUCAUUGUGCACCGAGGCCCCUCGCUACUCCACGAGUCCUUUGAUCAGAUCUUCUACGCGCCGCCAGAGGCCCUCAAGUCCGGCCUGCUCGUGCAAUUCGUCGACGAGGACGGCUCCGGCGCGGGCGUCCUCCGCGAGUGGUUCAUGCUCGUGGGCUGCGAGCUUUUCUCGGGGGUAAACGCCCUCUUCUCCGCCUGCCCGGACGACCACCAGCGCUUCUUCCCCUCGCCCUCCUCCGCCAUCAACCCCGGCCACCUCUCCUACUUCCGCUUCUGCGGCCGCGUCGUCGCCCUCGCGCUCAUGCACAACAUCCAUCUAGACGUAACCUUCGCGCUCGCCUUCUACAAGCUGCUAGCCGGGCGGGAAGUCACCUGGAGAGACUGUAAAGACAUAGAUCCGGAGCUCUUCGCGAGCUGCAGGGCGAUCAUGGCGCUGCCGGCAACGGAUGUGGAUGCGGAUGUGCUGGGGCUCACGUUCGUGUGCAGCGUGGAGGAGGGCGUGGGCGUGGGGGAGAGUCGGGUCGUGGAGCUGUGUCCGGGAGGGGAGUUCAUCAAGGUCACCAACAGCAACCGCCACGCGUUCAUUGACCUGCUCGUGAAGCGAAGAAUUGUGGCGCCUAUGAGGCUGCAGGCCCUGGCCUUUGCCGCGGGCUUUUCAGAGCUCCUGCACUGCCGGGACCUACCCAUUUCACUCGCACUCCACACCUCCUCGCUCCACGCCUCCUCCCUCCACGCCUCCUCCCUCCACGCCUCCUCCCUCCACGCCUCCUCCCUUCACGCCUCCUCCCUCCGACCUCCCCACUCCAUUCCUGUUGGCGUCAGCAUUCCUGCUGCUGCUGUCACUGUGACUCCUGCUGGCGUCACCCUGGCUCCUGCUGGCGUCAGCAUGCCUGCGGCUGGCUUCACCAUGACUCCCACUAACCCUAUCAACCAUUUGCACAUGGGCGCAGCAGGGAAUUCCCCGAUGGUGGCGGCUGUAGCGCCAAUGGCAGCUGUGGUGCCGGUGGUGGUGCCGAUGAUGAGUCCGGCUGUAGCGGUGGUGGAGAGCGGGUGGGUGAUGCAGCAGGCGUUGCGGCCGCUGGAUGCGGGGGACUUUGAGGCGCUGCUGUACGGCGAGGAGAGGGACAUCGAUGUGGCGGACUGGCGUGCGCACACGGACUACCAUGGCUAUCGGGCCACUGACCCUGAGAUCGAGUGGUUCUGGGAGGUGGUGGAGGAAAUGACCAAGGACCAGCGCAGGCGUCUCCUCUACUUCACUACGGCCAUCACACGCCUCCCAGCUUCCGGCUUUGCCGGCCUGCAAUCUAGUCGCACCAUGUCGGGCGGCAUCCUCACGCUCCUCUCCUCCGUCGUCAUGGCCGUGCUCUUCAUCACUGAACUCCGCCUUUUCCUCCAGCCGAAGAUCGUCAACGAGCUCUCUGUCGACUUGUCGCGCGGAGAAACCCUCAAAAUAAACCUGGACGUGACCUUUCCUCGGCUGUCAUGCGCGGUGCUGUCGCUGGACGCCAUGGACAUCAGUGGCGAGCAGCACCUUGACGUGGUGCACAACAUCUACAAGCGGCGGCUGACGCCCAUCGGGCUGCCGGUGGAGGGGAUAGACUCGAAGCACGAGAUAGGGGCGAAGCAGCACGACGUGCUCAAGAAGCGCGACAAGUUCGGCAACGUGGUGCCCGACGACCAGGACUUCUGUGGCAGCUGCUACGGCGCUGCUGAGACGGACGACCAGUGCUGCAAUAACUGUGAGGAGGUGCGAGAGGCGUACAACAAGCGAGGCUGGGCUUUCAACAACGCUGACGCCAUCGAACAGUGCAAGAGGGAGGACCUGAUAGACAAGAUCCAGGCGCAAGUGGGUGAGGGGUGCAACAUGUAUGGCGUGCUCGAGGUGAACAAGGUAGCAGGCAACUUCCACUUCGCCCCGGCAAAGGUGUUCUACACGGCAGGCAUCUCCAUCUUUGACCUCGUCAUGUUCCACGAUACUGUCUUCAAUAUAUCUCACACGGUAAACUCCCUCUCAUUUGGUGCCAAGUUCCCGGGAGCCGUCAACCCACUGGACAAGACGCAGUGGGUGCAGGAGGGCGAGUCAGGCAUGUAUCAGUACUUCGUCAAGGUCGUACCCACCAUGUACACUGACUCCCACAACCACACCAUCGCCUCCAACCAGUUCUCAGUGACGGAGCAUUUCCGGCCAGCACCAUCGCAUGACCAGCAAUCGCUGCCAGGAGUCUUCUUCUUCUACGACCUCUCCCCCAUCAAGGUGCAAUAUUCCGAACGCUACACCUCCUUCCUCCACUUUCUCACCAACGUCUGUGCCAUCGUAGGAG